AUUCCUCUAGAGGUCGUCCAUGUUUCAAUUCUGAUUUAAUUAAGUUGUAUCGGAUAAGUUUACAACCAAAUGUUUAUAUUGCUUAAGAGAGUUACAAUGCAAGUGAAAUACACGGGACUCAAUCUAACGCCAUUACCUUUUACGCAUCCUCUUCUAAACGCCGCCGGCGCCGGUGGCAUUGCCGCUGGCGCCCUCUUUCUUUUCUUCCUUUCCCUCUCUCUCUCUCUCUCUCUCUUUUCAUUUUCACGAAAUCUUCUCUCACUCAGUCUGCUGUCCCACCGGCCUGGUCUUGCCGGCGAUCUCCUCCUCCUUUUAUUCGACGUCGACGCCACUUUAGUUUGACAGCGGCCUCCUCCUCCUCCCUCUUUUUCCUUUCUCUUGUUUGACUUUCUCCUUCCGAACCUUUAAUGAAAAUCUUCUAAGAGAUUAUUUACUUGUGGAUUUGAAGGGAUUUACAUUUCUUAUCUCAACACUAUCUUGGAAAAUUCACAGUAUUUGAUUGAUUCGCGGAUUUAUAGCGAUUUGCGUAUCUUAAAAGGAAGAGGAAUCCGUGUCAGCUGAGUGAUGCUCUCGUCGUUUUCUUCACGAGAGGUUUAACCAAACACGCCUGCUGAGCUUUCAAAACGACGUUGUUUUGCUUCGGAUUGGUUCGGGAAAUCGUUAAUUGUUUAAAAUUAAAUAAUCCAACAUAUCCCAUUGGGUCGGCUUAAUGCGAAAGGCGCUACAGAAGAGAAUGGAAGCGCAGAAGUAUGUAUGGGAGGGGGCGAUUCCUCUUCAGAUCCAUCUACACGAAUCCCAAGUGACCACCCUGCCUCCUCCUCCUCCUGCCCUGAUCUUAGCUCCUCGAAUCGGCUAUCUGCCGCUGUUAGUUCCUUUGAUAAAGCCUCAUUUUCGUAGCACACUUCCUCCUGGUGUUGAUACCAUUUGGUUUGAAUACAGGGGCCUUCCUCUCAAAUGGUACAUACCAACUGGAGUUCUUUUUGAUCUUCUAUGUGCGGAGCCUGAAAGGCCUUGGAAUAUCACUGUGCAUUUUAGAGGAUAUCCUGGAAAUGUAUUGAUACCCUGUGAUGGUGAAGAUUCUGUGAAGUGGAGCUUUAUAAACUCAUUAAAAGAGGCGGCAUAUAUAAUCAAUGGAAAUUGCAAGAAUGUGAUGAACAUGUCUCAGUCUGAUCAGCUGGAGCUUUGGCAUUCUGUCAUGAAUGAACAUGUUCAAGUUGAUUGUCCAGCAAUAGAAAAAUGCCUGUUUAAAUUCUUUAGAUUGGUUUUGGCAGGUAAUUUGGAAGCCUACCUACGGGUCUCGUCUAAGCUUAAACUUGCAACAAUUGAGGAUGAGUAUACAAGUUUGUGUUCAUCAAAAUCUCAACAAGGCUCUGGAGAAACAGAUUUUACUGGACAAGUCAAGACAGGCAGAGUUCCAGUUAGAUUAUAUGUCUGGGGCCUAAGUGAGGAUUUUGAUGAUUUGGAAGAUAUUUCUCAAGUUGAUAGUUGGGAGAAGAUCUCUUACGUAAAUCGACCUGUUGAGAUCCACAAAGAAGGUAAAUGCUUCACAUUACAUGAUGCUAUGAAAAAUCUUCUGCCAGAAUUUUUUUCUGACGAAUCCUUAAGUGACUCAAAAUUAGCUGGAGUAGAUUUUGAGGAUGUGCAGAAAAUUCCCUCAGAAGAUGUGAGCAGUAAUAAAGUUGUGGAAGACCGGGGACAAAAUGCAUAUGAACACCGAGAGGCUUGCUACAUUUCCAGUAGUGCUGAAAUCAAGCUCAUCCGUAUUCAAGGUAUUGAACCAAAGUUAGAGAUACCCUUUUCUUGGCUGGUGAACAACUUAUUAAAUCCGGACCAUUUUCUCCACAUCUGUGUCUGUGUCAAAGUUCCACAGUGAAAUUCCUGAUGAGGGGAUAUAUAUGCGAGUUCUUUUUCCCCUUUGUGACGGGGAGCUGUAUAGGAUUGUUCAGAACAUUUACAUUGUGAAGAAAUUUACAUCUCUGUUUUAGCAAGCAAACGAUGGGGGCUGUUACUUUAAGAAGAGUAGUUUAAUUUUCAUUUUGUAACUGGCAUAAGGGCAGUCCUUUUCUCAUGUUUUGUUUAGUCAGGACGGCAAAGCAUGGUUAUCACAAUUAGACCGAAUAAUGAUCACCGAACGAUUUGAGUCGUUGAAUCAAUGGUUCAAUAGUCGGUUGAAGAAUAUUUAAAGAUUUAUAAAUAAAUUGUGUAAAAUACGGAUAUUUUUGA